AGUAUGUUACCUCAAGAGAUCAUCCUCUCGGCCUGCUCCACUUCAACGCCGGGAGCAGGACCUUCUCGUCCCAACACUUCCCUCGUUCCUUCCAUCCAAGCUCAUGAUCUCCUUACCUGUCUUCCUCUUCACUCGUACAAGUCUUCCACCUCUGCUUUGCAUUCACUUUCCUACGUCCCCAGUCGUAAUGGACAAGGUGGUACCAUCAUGGCUGUUCAAGAGAACAAGUCACUCCUCUACGUCUGGGCAUGGCAAAAGGAUCAGAUGCUUUCCAAGUUACAUCUCCCUGACAAGUUGACAUGCUUUUCAAUAUCUCCCAACGGUGUAUGGGCAACCGGUGGUUCUCCUGGAGGUCAGAUCUAUCUCUGGGAAUUGGCCUCUGGUACCCUUUUGAGCUCCUUUUCCGCGCACUACCGUCAAGUAGUGUCCCUCACCUUUACUCCAGACUCUCGACUACUUCUCUCAGCCUCACUCGACGGCUCUAUACACAUCCACCUCGUCGCUAGAUUAGCAGAGGCCGAUCACUUGGGAAAACCAUAUGGCACUCUGAGAGAUCACACGCUCGCUAUACGAGAUGUCGUAGUAGGGAAAACUUCUGGCGUUCAUGGAGGCCGAUGUUGGACAAUAUCAGAUGAUGGAACUGUCAAGAUGUGGGACCUACAUCCGCCCUUUGAUCUGCUCUGCACUUUCUCUCUCACCCCUGCAUCUAUCCCCACCGCGUUGGUCGUGGAUUCUAGUGAACGAUUCUUCUAUGUAUCAACGUCUAAUGGAGACAUUUUCUACGUCCCAUUGUUCAGACGCCGAGACGAGGUGGGAGGAUUGGGCGCUGUCGAAGCUGUGGGAGGAGGAGUUUUCGGAAGCAGCGCGGUCAAGUUAGAAGGUGGCCGUGUCAUAUCUCUCAAAACGGCCAUAACAGCUCUGGCCCUUUCCAUCACCGCUUCACACCUAUUGGUAGGUACAGUAGCUGGCACCGUUCAAAUACACUCCCUCCCCUCUCAUCAACACCUCAGUACGAUCUCCCUACCCGGCCCAUGUUCAUACAUUUCCACUCUACCCCGUCCGCCAGACAUGCCUGUCGGCCCGUCGACGACGACCAAAGAUCUCUGGCCGGUUAUGGAAGUAAAACCUUUGGAACGGGUGAAAAACCCUCCUUCUUGGCGGACCAGGGAAGCCUCGAUCUUACUUCGGGCAGAUCUAGAUCGACUUGACAGCUUGAGGUCAGUACCGGUCACCAAAGGGAAUUGCGCUGGUCUUUCUGUGGCAGUGGAGAGUCAGGGAACCAGAUAUUCUCUCACAGAGGAAAAGCUGCGUGUGCUGCAGGAGGAGAACACUGCCCUGAGAGAGGGACUGGAGAGGGCAACAAGGAUUAACGAGACGAUGUGGAGGAGCAUCGUCGAUGGAGUGGUGGAAAGUGAAUCAUCUUGAGCCAUUCCGUUUGAUGACGGCAUCGGGGCAAGCUACGGUCGUGAUAUAUGCAUGGUCAUGACAGU